GGGACUUUUUCCUUAAAAUUGUUUACUCUGACGUCAUAUUUAUGCGUCGUUCACAUGAACGCAACAGGAAGCCGCUGCUGUCUCUGGUACUCACUCGUGAUUUCUUCCCAUUUCAUCCUCCUGUACACAUUUAUAUGUCGUUUUUCAGUUCGUCAUUGAGAACACCGAAUGUCCAGGUAAUGUUUGUGAGACAAGUCGACACGAGAGCAGCAGACAAAUGGCGCAUAUUCCCUCAGCAGAGUGUGACAUGCAGCUGAAUGGAGUAUCAGAGGAGAUGGACCUGCUUCACAUACAAGUGGAGGCUGAUGUGGUGGAGGAAAAGCCUGGGAGAGAAGAUGCACUGUCAGCAAGGAACGUGUUGAGGAAGCAGCGAAACUGAGAGAGGCAGCUCGCUGUGAAGAAGGGCAAGAGGAAAGAGGAGAAGCAGAGGAAGAGGCUCAACCGUGAGCGGGAGUCUGGCGCUAGUGUUGACGUUCCUCAGUUUACCAAACGGGUCAUGAAGGCGAUGACUAAAGAGCGCUUAGCUGAGGCUCAGUCCACUGGACUCAAACUGUGUGUGGAUCUGAGUAUGACGGACAGCAUGUCUGACAAGGAGAUUAGUCGAUUGGCCGGUCAGUUGAGAAGAGUGUAUGGGUCAAACAAGAAGGCGACUCGACCGUUCCACCUGUUCCUGACAGACCUGAGGGCGGACAGUCGUCUUUACAGAGAGUGCAUACGAAAGAAUGAUGGCUUCCUGAGCUACAUGAUGGAAAUCACAGAUGAAAGUUUUCUGGACUUUUUCCCGACAGAAACUGUUGUCUACCUCUCCCCAGACGCCGAACAAGCACUGGAAACAGUGGAUGCAGAAAAAGUUUAUGUCCUUGGUGGUCUUGUGGACGAAAGCAUCCAGAAGAAGCUGAGCUUCACACGGGCCUCAGAACUGAGCGUCCACACAGUGAGGCUGCCCAUUGACGAGUACAUGGUGAAGAAAAGCAAUGCCAAAAAUUUCCAUUCAAAGAUCCUGGCGGUUAAUCAAGUGUUCGACAUUUUGCUGACCUUCUGUGACACGGGCAGCUGGACGGAAGCCCUGCAGGCAUGGUUCCCCCAGGGGAAGGGUUAUGUCGUCGCACCAGAUGAUUCUUCCUCACAGAAGCUCUUUUGAAUGAACGAGAAGAGGAAAAAAAAACAAUUUUAGUGACCUGAGGGGAACUGACACACUGGGGAAAAUGCAAUGAAAGAUAAAAGUCUUCUUGGUCUUUACACUAAAACCAAACAAUGUCACAUUAUGAUGCUGGAGAUGAUUAUUAUCAGGGAUUUAAAGUCAUAAAGCAGAGAAUACUGUGACAUUUACUCAGGAUUCACAAACGGUGAACAUUGUUACUAUUUAAAAAAAACAAAUAAAUAUAUAUAUAUAUAUUUUAAUUAUUUAUUAUUGUAGAGGGGAUGGCAGACGUUUUCAGCUCAGAACAGAAAUUGAGAUACAACGGAGAAUGUAAAAACACAAGAUGGUACCUCACUGUGAAAAAAGGUUUCAAGUUGGAUAUUCCACACGCAGACUCUUUCAAAACCAGCAGGCCGUGCUUUCAUCAAACUAACUUCACCACAGGAAGUUACAGACUUAAUUUUACUUUACUACAUCAGGUGUGGUUUUGUCAGAGGGAAAUGCUCCACUCCAAUACAACAAAGGAUACAAACUCCAGUGUAUGAGAGCUAGCGUGAUAAGUGUGUGUUGAACUUAGAGAAUGUUUUUAACAAACCUUGUAAACGUCAAAUAACUGAAUGAUUGUAGGGACGUGUGAGGUUUGAAGAGCAAUGAGUGCAGUGAAUUACUACUUUUCUAUGUGCCUUCCUACAGACACUAUGUUCCAUUUAUGUUCUAUAUUUAUACUGUCUAUUUAAUGAACAUUUUGUUACAUAAAGCCCUAUAAACGUAACUUGUAUCAUCUCAAAAAUCAGGCUGAUGUCCAUUUAUAUUUUUAUUUCCCCUAUUUUAUUAUUCUUGUUGGUUUUUUUUUAAUUGCAUGUACCAUUCACUGAAUGAUGUUUGCUAAUUAAAGCAAUAGCUGCACAUGUACAUACAGACCAUAAACAAUUUGUGUCAUCUGAGGUUUGAAUAUUAUCAAGACAGCAAGAACACACUCAAAGGUUGAGAAACUGAGAAACGCCUUCACACUAUAACUGAGCUCACCACCAGGGGGCAGAUAUUCAGUUGUGCAUACGUGACAAUUCAGAUCUCAAAACUGCUGUCACAAAUUAAUUUAUUAAAAAUAUUCUUAGCACUCGCUGCCUU